AUGGGCGCUGCAGAGGGGGGCUGCCAUACAAGUACCGAUGGAACGACGGCGGAGACGGUACUGUCUGGGGGUUCUGAGCGGGCAGGAGCGGCGACGGGGGAGCAUGUGACACCGAGGGACGCAGCUGAUGCGGACGGAGGGGUAGGGGAAAAUGACGGAGCGGAGAUUGAGUCGGCGGCUGCGACGGGGAAGCCUGUGGUAGCUGAUGCUGACGGGCCUGCAGUGGGGACGGCGGCAGACCCUGCGCCUGCCGGCGGUUCUGCCGCUGCCUUUGACGGCGGCUCAGCUUCACCCUCUGCCACCCCUCGGGUUGCACAGGCAGAGGCUGAGGAGACGAGGCCGGGCGCGGUUCUGGAGCAGUUCGCUGAGGUGGCGUUGUCCGCGUCGCCAGCGCCGGUAACGGCGGCGGCGCUGGCGGCGGUGGUGUCUGCUGCGAUUGGGGAACAUGGCGACGCCCCGGUGGCGGGAGGCGCGACGACUGCCGCUGCGUGCGCCGAAACGCCUGUUGCUGUCGUGGCCGCAAGCAGGCAGGAGCACGGCCACGCGGAGGGAGAGUUUCCGGGACCCGCGAGCGGCGCUUCUUCCGGCGCUGCACGUGCGAAGUCGAAGACGAGGCUGCGGGCCCAGCCAGCGCCGAGACGGCCCGGAGCAGGGCUGGGACCUGGCUCCCCGGGACCCCUCUUGGGCUGGCUUCUGCAAGGGCAACCGCCAUCAGAGCGAGCGCAUUGGUCGUCAUCGUUGAGCCAGCAGGAGGUGCGCGAGGUGGCCGAAGCUGGAAGCCGCCCGCCAGGAAACACCCGUGGUGCUCCUGCACUCAACGCGACACCAGCGACGGCAGCACACGCUGAGGCGCCCAACACAACGAACGCCGUCGCGCACAACACCCGCCACGCGACGCGACGAGCGGCAAUAACCUGGGGACCGCCCCGGGGAGGCCGGACACCGUGGUUGCCGGCGGGACGUGGAGCGAUGGGCGAGGGGACGAGAGCGCCAACAGGCGGGGGGCGGACUCAGCGGGGGGUCGGUGCACGGGGAGCGCGCGGAGGACGAGGGGGAAGGGCACUGGUGGGGGGAUCUGAGAUCCCCGUGCGUACUGGCACCUGGCGGGAACGCCACGAUAGGCCAGGAGCGGUGGAAGUACCAACGAAUGAGGAACAGGCAGCGGGCUCUGAAGAUAACGCCGGCGACCCAGAGUUUAUGUGCGGUGAAGAAGCUGAAUCUGAGGAGGUGUCACUGGAGGAGGAAACUGGGGUGGACAGGAAUGCUCCAAACUCGCGUGGAAGAGGGCCGAGCGGGAUUGCACAGAACCAACGGGCGGUGGGAGAUACAGCAGGAGAAACUGAGGCGACAGAUGUCUUCUCGCCCUCUGACAUGGCGAAGGAAGAGGCCAUCUGGCAGGGAGCUGAGGGUUGGGAUGUGAAGCAACUGCAACAUUCUGCUGUUCCUACCGAGGCUUACACUCCGACCCUCUCUCGAACCUGUUGUUGGGAGUCGCUGGGCUCGAAUUGA